UAUGACGUCACUUCUCUCUCUGUGCUAUUCCUAGCGCGUCGAAACGAUCCAACGAUGUAUACUCACGCUGGCGGAUAGGUUUAUGGAACGCGUUUGUUUCAUUAAACCAUGUAGUUAAAGAAGAAAUGGUUCGAGAAACACGGUAUUUGUUGGUUAGAAACCUACCCGAAAAGUGUACGGAAGAUUCAGUGAAUAACCAUUUUCAACGAUAUGGUAAGAUCCAGAGUGUAAAACUCCACCUGAACAAGGAGAGUGAUGGAGGCCCAGCGGCCACCGUGGCGUUUAUGGACAUCAAGUCGGCGUCCAAGGCCCACGGAGCAGAGAACUUACUUGAGAACUGUUCCCUGAGAACGGAAUACUGUGAGGGAUCUACAACAGGAAGCAUUGUCACACGGACUCAUGAACCCGACCGCGGAACAUUUCAUGUACCAACUGGAAGUGCUGCCCGUGGAGCAGGAUCAUUCCCUUGGCCAAAGGGAACUGAAGAUGAAACCCCACCUCCAAGCGACACAACUGCAUUUGAAAAGCCAACUAGCGUAUUUAAUAAUGAUCAACAGUAUCGAGGACGCCCAAGGGAGAGGAUAUUUGGGGUGGGCAAAUACACCCAUGGAAAACACACUGAUAGGACUGGAGCCUAUCCCGGGAGGCCAGGAAGACCAAUUGACGGGUAUGGCCCGGAGAAAGAAGGGUAUGACAGGACACGAGCAGUGUCUCCACCCCAUCCCCCAGUUAUUGCUCGCCCAGCAGAGCUGCCAGCACGUAUAAAAUCUGUUUCCAUAUCCCGGUCUCCUAGCCAGAGUCGGUCCCGCUCACCAAGGUCAAGGUCUCGAUCAAGCAGUAGUGGAAGCUGGUCUUCUCACAGCAGCAGGUCAAGAUCAAGGUCACGGAGCCAGGGAAGCAGUCAUGGCAGUCGGUUACAAGGGUCGGUCACAGCAGGGUCCAAGCUUCCAUCUUUGGAUGGCAAGGACUCGCAACAUGAUAAACAGAAGAGUGACGACCAGUCGAGUAACGCAGAACGGAAACCUCUUGGCAUCUGUGUGACAGGGUUACCACUUCGCUCCAGUGAUACAAGUUUACGAGAUGGGUUGUUCCAUGAGUACAAGAAGCAUGGCAAGGUGACAUCAGUGCAGGUUGUGGGCGAUGCAGGCGAGCGUUAUGCUGUCGUCAGUUUCCGCAGGCCAGAGGAUGCAUCCAAAGCUCUAGAAGCAUCUCAGGAUAAGAUGUUCUUUGGAACUCGCAUCAAAGUUACCCAGCAUGAGGGUGUAGCCUCUCAAACAAGUAUGGACUGUCGUCUUUUUGCAGAAGUAGAUGAUACGGAAUUCCGUCCUUCCGAGUCCGAGCUGGAUGAGUACCAUCCAAAAGCUACGCGGACAUUAUUUGUAGGAAAUCUGGAAAAGGAUACAACAGUAUCGGAUCUCAUCGAGAUAUUCAAGGAAUAUGGAGAAGUUAUAACCCAGGAUGUGGAUAUCAAGCGUCAAGGCGCAGCCUCCGCUUACGCUUUUGUCCAGUAUGCCGACAUCGUCAGUGUUGUGAAGGCGCUACGACAGAUGGAGGGAGAGCAUAUAGGAGCCAAUAAGAUAAAGCUUGGGUUCGGAAAAAGCAUGCCAACCAACUGUGUAUGGCUUGACAACGUAGGUGAGAAUGUUGGUGACAAGUAUCUCUGUCGUGUGUUCGGUCGCUAUGGAGAAGUUAGUCACGAUGUCAUAGACAGAACUAAGGGAAGAGCUUUGAUCUAUUUCUCCAAUCUUGAUGAUGCCCAGUACGCUGUCAAUGAAAUGAGGAAUAGGAGUUUAGGGGGCAAGAAAAUACAGAUUGACUUUGCUAGCCGUGAGUGUCAAAACAAAUUCUUUGACAAGAUGGAGAAGACUGGGCAGCUUCGUCCUGGAGAGUGGCCAGACGAACGAGGGGGAACUCGAUUCAGAAGAAAUUUUGAAUUCCCUGAAACUUUCCAAGAAGAGCAAACUCGAACUUUCACCCCCACCACACAGUUCAAGAAAGGCUUUUUCCGGGGAGCCAGGAACAGCAGAGGCAGUACGUCCACCUACAGAGACAGAGGAAGAGGCUCCACAGAGGGUUUCCAGGAAGAGUUUGCAUCUCGAAGGCAGAGGUCAACCGAUGGGUUUUCCCAAAGCAGUGGUGAAUACUUCAAGGCAGAAGAUUCCUAUGAACAAGAACUCAGGGAAUAUGGCCACAGCCAGAGACAGAGAGAACGGGGCCACAGUAGCCCGAGACGAACAGAUGAACGUUAUGAAGAGAGACCGUCACGGCGGUCAUCUCGGGACUUAUCACUGGACUCUUAUGAUGAUAGGAGUAAGGAUAGAUUGGACCUUUAUGGGCGGAGUGAUAGCCCAGGCAGUGAUCGGAACUCUUACCGCUCAGAAAGUCGGUACCGGAGUAGGUCCGACGAUAAAAGUUAUUCCAGAGAUCGGUUUGAUCUCGAAAAACACAGAGACUUUGAUCUUCACAGUGACCAAAGUAGGAGUCAGUCUCCAGUAUCAUUCCACAGUCCCACCAGAAGUCCGACGCGGAGAAAAGAUGAUGAACUUUCAAAUCGGUCGUAUACUCCUCCUACACCAACUGAGGAAGAACCACCUAUGUACCGAUAUUAUCCUGAUGACUAUUCACGGAAAUCCCGUUUAGAACGGAGUAAUUCAAUUCAUCGGCAUGUGUCUAUGGAUGAUUCUGUGUCUACUAAAAGUCAACCAUGGAGUGUUGUGUCAGUGACUACAGGGAAACCUCAAUCCGAAAUUGUGAAACCGCCCGAGAAAAUGUCUUCUCGGAAACGUUCUUAUGAGGAAGCCAUGCUUAGCAAAGACCUCGCCAAAAAUUCCAAGAAAUUGGAACGAAGUGAAAGUCAUAGUGCGACUUUAAAAUCAACAGCCUCAAAAAUCAGUGUGACGAAAGCUUUCCUAGCGGAAAAGAUGAGACUUGAAAAAGGUGAAAAGACACGUUUAAUACCAAAAGCAUUCAUUGAAGCACAGAUUCAUGGGAGUCCUGGUUCAACCAACAGCCACCCAGAAUCAGAAAAUGGUUCCUUAGGUGAAUCUGACUUAUUAGAACUGCAUAGUAAAAAGGCUUUACUACUGCAGAAGAUUCAGCAGUUAGAGGACACCUCUGAUGCUGAUCCUAACCUCAGUGAGGAUGUGCGUAAUGUUGUGGCAAGAAGAUUCGAUGGAACUAAAGGACAGCUAAUUAAGAGUCUUCAGAGUGGUAAGCUAGAGGAAAAGAAACUUGAACUUGCUGAAGAAAUUAAGAAAAUUGACAGCACUAAAAGUUACCGCAAACAGAUGGAGAAAUUACGGAUACUUGAGACAAAAGUGACUGCUGAUGAUAUUGCACGAAGGAAAAAGUCACCUUCGUCAGCCCUUCCUGUGAUAGUGACUAAGUUGGAUGAGAGUGAAGGUGAGGACCACCAAGCUGAAUCUCCAACAGACACUGGGUCAAGUUUCCGGCAACAGGCUAAACGCCGGAAAUUUGAUGUGAAAGAUGGUGAUAUAAAUUCAAAAGUGCGUACAUAUCGACGGAACGAUAAAUAUAUCAGUAGUGAUGAUGAAAUGACUGAGAAAGGUUUGAAAAAGAAGGAUUUAAGUAUAGAUUCUUAUAGUAAGAAUGUGAAAUUACAUGACGGACUAACGAAAUUGGAUGUUGGUUAUUCAGGGUAUUUCCCUUUGUCCAAAUCUCCCCGACAUGACAUUCAUACUCCUCUGGAGCCAGUGGAGAGACAUGAAAAGAAGUCUCUCAGUCUGCCCAUUAUUAUAAAAGAGGAGUCGGAUACCACUUUAGAAGAUCCUCGGAUUAAGAGACAUCAACAUUCUUAUGAUGACAGGAUAUCAUCAUCUGCUAUCGGCAAGGAGAUCUCUCCUCAUGUUGUGCCUGCUGAUAGUUCUACGAACUCGCCAAAAGAAGAGCAGUUGACUUUUGUGAUUCGUAAUAGUCCGGAGUACCAGAAAAGCCCCAAGGCUUUUGAGGAUAUAUCUGUGAGUCACCAUGCUGAUGAUGUGUCUGAACUUAGCCCCAAGGAUAUUAAUCUUUCAACAAAAGCCUGGACUAGACCAUUACUGUAUGAAAUGCCCGAGACUACUGCUAAGGAAUCUACCCAGGAGAAGGGGCUGUCCGAAGUGGAAGGUGUUGUGGACUCUACAUCUGUGAUGUUAUCAGCAAAGGAGGAAACAAGUCCCUCCUCUGCUGCUAUUGAAACAGCUAUUGAAAUAGAUGAUUCUUUCUCGGAUAGUAGUUCAGAAGAACCCAAGACUCCUGGAGAGUUAAGUCUUGAGGAGAGGAUACGAAUCCUGGAUGAGAAGAUGAGCAUGCCAGUAAUGAACAAACCUCUGGAAGCAUCACUUCUCACUCCUAGUACAUCCACCUCCUCGCUGACCUCACCCCUGACUGGACUAUAUUCAAAGUUCAGGAUUAGAAAGAAGCAGGAUGCUACCCCGGGCCUUGGUUUCAGCCAAGGUUCAGAGGAUAAGAAGCCUGAACCCUCAGACAUUGUGAAACAGUUGAUGUCCAGACGGAGUAAAAGUAUUCUUGAUCAAGAUUCUAAACGUCUUGAGCAGAUUAACAAGAAAUAUGAACCACCAGAUGUGAAAGUGCCACUUGUUAAUUCCCCACCCAAAACAUAUAUUCCGGUCCCAACAAAAGCUGCUGUGAAACAGAUGCCAGUAACAUCAAUGAGUGCUCUUCAAGGAAUAAUGGGUCCCUUUAGUUUUGAUGGUUCAAGUAGUUCAUUCCAAUCCCCUUCCUCUAUAUCCCAUUCACUUCAUCAGCAGGUAGUGCAUGCUCCUCCAUUGCAGCAGUUCCCAGCAUCAAUGCCGCCAGCACCGCAUCCUCAAACACCAGCACAGUUAAAGGAAUCUACUUCUAGUCACAAUUCUACACCAUCUUUCACAGUACCAUCAUUACCAGUGCAGCCACCUCAUCAGCAACAGCAGCAGCAGCAGCAGAUAGUAUCUACCUCAACAGUUCAUCCUCAUCUUUCUCCCUCAGCUGUUAGUACCCAACAGUUGUCACCAUCAAUCAAUACCCAAAUGUCUGCAUCAUCUCAAACAUUCACCUCCUCUCAUUCAGGGUUCAUGUCUGGGUUCCAGUCACCCAAACAUCCGAGUGUUUUUCCUGUAGAAACUCCAAAGCAGCAACAAAAGCAAAUCUCUACUAGUGCUUCUUCUGUCGCUAGUAACAUUGUAGGGGAAUCUCAGCAACAGUCAAGUCAACCUUUAGUUGUUGUCAGUACUCCAAACAGUGUUAGCGAACCUGUCUCAAGCUCAACUGGAACUAUAUCAGUAUCUCCAACAGCAACAUCCAUCCCAACAGCAAAUAAAGAAACACAUCACCUGGCUGCUCCAGUGCAGAAAAGGCGACCUUCUGAUACAAUACAAACACCUGUUAUGUCCUCCAACCAUCACACAGAACCCAUGGACACCCAGUCAUCCUCACCUUCCAGAACUCCCACCACAUCCAGAUUGGACUCGACGUCAUCAUCCACCAGUAGCCAGUCCAUAACUAGUCCUGUUGUACUUCCUCAGGAAACUAAGAAGGAAGCUCCAAGUGUUGCUAAGCUCAAUCCCGAUCAACACUCAACUCCGCUGAAGAAAGAAACUUCACAGCCAAAGGAAGAAAAAGAGACCAGACAUUCACUCCCACCUGUUUUGAUGCGUUCAAAGUCAAGUGAUGAGAGGUCAUCAAAGUCCACAAAACUGUCAUCCCAAAGCAAAUCUUUUGAGAUGACAGAAAAGAAACCUGAAACAUCCAGUGAUAAGAAGAAAGAGAAUGUUCACAAGAGUCAUGACAGUCACUCCCAACAUUCUAGCCACAAAGAGAAAUCUGAUUCAAAGAAAGAUGGUGAAGACAAACACCACCACAAGGCAUCUUCAUCAGAUAAAAAGGUUUCCAAGUCACACAGUCAGGAGAAAGAACACAGGGAAGAAAAGAAGCAUGAAUCCUCAUCUCACAAGGACAAGAUACGACAUGACUCUGGUGCCAAGGUCAAAAGUCAUAAAGAAGCUGACAAUGCAAAUCGGGAGAAGACCAAAACCAAACAUAAAGAGAGUGAGAACAAGAAAGACAGCAAAGACCACUCUUCUGAGAAAUUCAAAUCAAAAGACAAAGGACAUGAGGACAAGAAGCAUGACAAGGACAAGAGAGCUGAAGAAAAGAAAGCUGAAGAAAAGAAGGCCGAAGAAAAGAAGGCUGAAGAAAAGAAAUGUGAGGAAAAGAAGGAAGAGAAAAAAUCAGACGAGAGGAGAGCAGAAGAAAAGAAGGAUGACAAGAAGAUGGAAGAGAAAAAUGAAGGAAAGAAGACUGAGGAGAGGAAACCAGAGAAGAAAGAUAAAGUAAAGAGCAAGGAAACAAAACCUGACAAAGUUAAAAGCUCUUCUUCUCAAAGUGAAAAUAAGUCUGACAAGUCAGCAUCCAAAUCUCAAGAUAAAGGGAACAAGGAUCACAAAGAGUCCAAGAAGUCCUCCUCCUCCUCUUCCUCUUCAACCAAAGACAAGGUGCCUAAAGACUCUAAAGAUCAGAAGGACCAGAAGAAGAAAGUCAAAGAAGGGGAUAAGGCAGAAAAGACGUCAAAGACUUCAUCGAAAAGUGAUAAAAAGACAGAAGGAAGCAGAGACAGAUCAGAAUCUAGGAGUACAAAAGAGAAAUCUGAGAAGAAAGAAGAAAAAAAGGAAGAGAAAAAGGAAGAUAGGAAAGAGAGGGAGAGGAAGGCAGCGGAGAAGAAAGCAGCAGCCAUAGCGGAGAGGAAGAUGCUAGCUGAGUUUCUUGUCGAUGACUUUGAACCAUAUGUGUCAAUGUAUGAUAAAGUCAAGAGACGGUCUAUUGAGAAAAGUAAGGAAAAUGAAACCGAAGAUGUUCGAAAAUACUUUGACCGGUUUCAGAAAAGUCGGAAGAAGAAAUCCAAGUCCAACAGAGGUGAUGACAGUGAUUGCAGUUCCUUCAACUCUGAUGAUGAGAGUGGAAUGUCGGGUACACAAAACUCAGAGGAAGAAGAACCUGAACCUCCUAAAGAGAAAGUGCGGAAGAAAAAGACUCAGGUUAUUGAGAGUUCUUCCUCUGAUGAACUUGAGGAAUAUAUUAAACAGAAACGGAAGAAGAAAUCUAAGACAAUCAUGCAGAAAAAGGCAAGAAAGUUUUUGGAAUCAUCUUCCGAUUCAGAUGAUGAUAUGGAUAUUCUAAACGAUGAUGAGCCAAUCAUUAAGCCUGAAAGCAAGAAGCCAACUAAGAAAAGGAAGUCAAGGGAGAAUUGGAGUGAUGAUGAUAAUGAUGACUUUGAAGAAGUCAAAGUUGAGAAGAGGCUAGAGGACAGAUCGUUUGUUGAUGCUUUCCCAUCUGAAAUGAGCAUUACUGAACCAGAGACAAUGGAUGAAGGAGAAAAGAAAAAUGUAGACCUGGGGAAAAAUGACAAGUCCAAAAGGCCGAAGAAGAAGAAGCCGAAGGACAAGGAACCAUGUUCUGCAUCCAAGUCAAAGAAGAAAGAUGCUGAUAAACCAAACAUUGAGGAAGAAGAGGAAGAGGUAUUUCAGCUAGAGGAUUUGAUAAGGAAAGGAGAAGCAGAACUUCGUCAGAUGGAGGCUUAUGCAAAGAAAGCAGAAGAAGUGAAGGAAAAACGGGCAGAGGAGAUUAAGGAGAGAAAGAUGGAUGAACUAAAAGAGUUCAGGGAGGAAAAGGUUGAUGAGCUAAAGGAGAAGAAAACUGAAGAAAUGAGGGAAAAGAAAUUGGAAGAAAUGAGGGAAAAGAAAUUGGAAGAAAUGAGGGAAAAGAAAUUGGAAGAAAUGAGGGAAAAGAAAUUGGAAGAAUCACGGGAAAAGAAAUCUGAAGAAACAAGGGAAAAGAAGUCUGAAGAAACACGAGAAAAGAAGGUGGAAGAAAUACGGGAAAAGAAGGUGGAAGAAAUACGGGAAAAGAAAUUGGAGGAGAAAGAAAAGAAGAAAAGUAAGAUUGAAAAACAGAAGAUUUCUAAAGAACACAAGACCUUCAAGACAGAAGAAAAACCUGAUAGCCAUAUGACUGAGGGUAAAGAAGAAAAGAAGUCAAAGAAUAAAUCUGAAGACAAGUUGUCAAAACAUAAGAAAACUGAAAACAAGGUAGAUGUGAAACCUGAAGAACUGAAGACUGCUAAAGUAGAUAAGUGUGAACUGAAGCCAGAUUCUGCUGGCUCAAAAAGUAAAUCGAGUCAAAGGUUGAAGACAAGCCAACGAAAAGCAAACCUGAUACCAAACAAGACGACAAGCAAAAGCCCAAAAGUGAAUCAGCUGAAGAAGAACCAAAAACGUCUGCUCCCAAAUUCGAUUCAAGGCCUGAUGAAACAGAUGAAGAUUCUAAAGUCAAACCGCCAAAGAUUGAUGCAAAGGAGAAGAAGUCCAAGGCAAAAACAAAGAAACCUAACAAAGAACCUUCAGACAUUGAACCUGAAAUUAGUAAGCCAUCACCUGUCUUAUUCACGUCUAUUGUGA